AUGUAGAGAGAAAGAGUAACGGAUAAUACGUUUAUCCAAAAGAGGCGAGCGAAAAACCAAAGUGCAACACGUCACAUGAUCCGCAAGAGACGAACUCGUGUUACUUGAUUGAUUGAUGGCAACAAGUAAAAUGCAAAUCUCGCUGUCUCCUUCAUGUUUUGAUUAAACCUCUGUCUUUUUUUUUUCUAAUUUCUCUUUAAAAUGGACAAGACACUGAGAUGUGUCCGGUGGGGUUACGAGGUUAAUGCCUCUUCCGAUGAAUGCAUCAACGCAAUUGACUCAUACUUUCAUCAGGUUCUUAGUUAUGGGAGGAACUGGAAAGUGAUUCUAGAAGCACCACUCCACGACAAAGAUUGUGUCUUGGGCAACGUUUUAGCUGCUCAUUACCUUUCCUCAUCGGAUCAUUCCAAAGCUAAUACCUAUGUUGAAGCUGCAAGAUCCAAUCUUUAUAAAUUCGUUUUAUCUUCAGGAACAAUCUACAUCUUAUGAGAAAGCUGUUUUCGAGGCUGUUAGUUAUCUCAGCUCCGAGGACAGGGAUGAUGACUUGGCUCUUGAAAUGCACACCCAGCUACUUACAAGAUUCCCUAAGGAUCUGGCUUCUCUGAAGAGAGCUCAGGUUUUAUGCUUCUACAUGGGACAGCCUGCUCCCUUUUUGAGUCUUGUGCAGCAAGUUCUACCAGUGAAUCAAGAAGAGAGUUACAUACACGGUAUGCUUGCGUUCCCAUUGUUAGAACUUGGUCGAAUGGAGGAAGCUGCUGCAGCUUCCAGAAAAGGCUAUGAGAUUAACAAAGAAGACGCCUGGGCACAUCACUGUUUGUGUCAUGUUCUUCAACAUGAAUGUCAGUUUAAAGAAGCAGUGGAGUUCAUGGAAGAACUCUCAGAAUCUUGGCACUCUUGCUCAUCCUUCUUGUAUACACACAAUUGGUGGCAUAUUGCUCUCUGUUACUUGGAAGGAGGGUCACCAAUGAGCAAAAUAGAGGAGAUUUAUGAUAAUCACAUCUGGAAAGAAUUGGAGAAAGGCGACGCUGUUCCUCCUGAAGUUUAUCUCAAUGCUAUCGGUUUGUCAUUGCGUUUGGAUGUAAGAGAUGCUCUCAAAGGUUCGUUUGAUGACCGUCUAAAACUCCUUGCAGCUCGCUUGACUGAUCAGGAAAACUGGUAUAUGUCAUGGCACCUUGACAUACUGAUUGUUUGGGCACUAGCCAAGGUUGGAGAGACUUCAAAAGCUCGUGAAUUACUAGAGGGUCUGAAGCUCCGACUAUCAAAGAUGAACAAGAAGAAACAAGAGGUGAUGAAGAAAGGGAUUCAGCUCGGAGAAGCUGUGUAUGAAUACGCAAAGGGUGACUACAAAAAGGCUCUAGAACUGCUUGGUUCAGAUUUUAACGCCUUUGAUUACAAGAUCAUUGGAGCAUCAUAUGAACAGAUUGAUGUUUUCAACGAAAUGUGGUGCCAGCUGUUGCUAAAGACAGGCCAAUCCUCAACUGCCAAAGGAGUGAUAAAAGAGAGGAUCAAGGUCAGAGAUGGUGUUCCUUUCACGUGGCGUUUACUGGAGAAGAGUUGUGACAUGGAAGGCAAUGCAGAGGCUGAGAGUGCAGGAGAGAGAGCUAAGAAGCUGGGAUCUUCUUAUUUUUAACUCUGCUGUUGCCAGUACCGGUCUAACAUAAUAUAAUGCCCUAAGCCAGUUCAAAAAAAUUUAUGCAUUUAUAUCUCUAUAAUAUUAUUUGAGAAGUCAGUUUCUUACGUGUAGUUCUCAUGUUAAUUUUAAAGUAGUUAAUUACAAAAGUAUUCUUAAUGAAUUGAAAAUAUUAUGCAGAAUGUCAUUAUUAUAAAUUUUUAUUUUAUUUUC